AGGCACAAGCAUCUCUUAUCCAUUUGCUGCAGCCGCUGCUUAUCGUUGGGUUUGAAUCGCAAUCGCAUCGAUCCAUUGCAUCCCUCGAGCAUCGUUUCUUUCUGCCGAUCGGAGAUCAAACAAUGGCGACGAAGAAGAGUGUUGGUGCCCUCAAGGAAGCCGACCUAAAGGGGAAGAGGGUGUUCGUGAGGGUGGAUCUCAACGUCCCCUUGGACGAGAACCAGAAGAUCACCGAUGACACCCGGAUCCGUGCUGCAGUUCCCACGAUCAAAUACUUGAUUGAGCAUGGCGCUAGGAUCAUCCUCUCUAGCCAUCUGGGUCGCCCAAAAGGUGUCACUCCAAAAUACAGCUUGAAGCCUCUUGUGCCUAGGCUAUCUGAGCUUCUUGGCAUUCAGGUUGUAAUGGCCAAUGAUUGUAUUGGAGAGGAAGUUGAGAAGCUGGUUGCUGCAUUACCAGAUGGAGGUGUCCUGCUACUUGAGAAUGUAAGAUUCUACAAAGAGGAAGAGAAGAAUGAUCCAGAAUUUGCAAAGAAGUUGGCGUCCUUGGCUGAUCUGUAUGUCAAUGAUGCUUUUGGCACCGCCCAUAGAGCUCAUGCUUCAACAGAGGGAGUUGCCAAAUUUUUAAAGCCAUCUGUUGCUGGAUUUCUCAUGCAGAAGGAGCUUGAUUAUCUUGUUGGUGCUGUUGCCAAUCCCAAGAAGCCUUUUGCUGCCAUUGUGGGUGGGUCUAAGGUUUCCUCCAAGAUUGGGGUGAUAGAAUCACUGUUGGAGAAGGUAGACAUUCUUAUCCUUGGCGGAGGAAUGAUUUUCACAUUCUACAAGGCACAGGGGCAUUCUGUUGGUUCAUCUCUGGUUGAGGAAGACAAACUUGAGCUUGCCACGUCUCUUCUUGAGAAAGCAAAAUCUAAAGGAGUUUCACUCUUGUUGCCCACUGAUGUAGUUGUAGCUGACAAGUUUGCAGCUGAUGCAAAUAGCAAGCUUGUACCAGCAUCCAAAAUACCUGAUGGCUGGAUGGGUCUUGAUGUUGGUCCUGAUUCCAUCAACACAUUCAGCCAAACCUUGGAGAGCACCAAGACGAUCAUUUGGAAUGGACCUAUGGGCGUAUUUGAAUUUGAAAAAUUCGCAAUAGGAACUGAGGCAAUUGCAAAGAAGUUGGCUGAAUUGAGUGGUAAAGGAGUCACCACCAUCAUUGGAGGUGGCGAUUCUGUAGCAGCCGUGGAGAAGGCGGGACUCGCGGACAAGAUGAGUCACAUCUCUACUGGAGGAGGUGCUAGCUUAGAGCUCUUGGAGGGCAAGCCUCUUCCUGGUGUCCUUGCUCUUGACAAUGCCUGAACAAAAUUGGCAAUUUCUCAGCUUCGACUACAGAGAUGUCCUACUGGAACUUUUGCUGAAAUUUCAAUAAAUUGCGUACCGGUGUUAACUGCACGCUACCUUAAUCCACUUUUGAAGUCAAUUUUAUCAGCUGCUUGUCAUAUUUUCCAAGUUCUCACUCUGUUGAGUUGGUGAUUUCAGCCUCUCUUGGCAUUUUGACCUCUGUACACGCAACUUCCAAGCCUGCUUCUCGGAGUUCCAUACUUGUUACUUGGACCGAAGAGACGUGUUCCUCAGUUCUUAUUUUUGAACAAAGAGAUAAGGAUGAGAUGCAAACAUCUGUACUUGCCUAAAAUUCGCAUGCAUGGGACAUCUGUUUACAAUACUGCAAUAAAUCAAGUGCUGAUGCUUCAACCCU